AUGCUACCACAAGCAGAAAACACGGUGAAGGUGAUACUGAGAGUGGGCGCCUCGGGCGCGGGUCCGGGAUUUGCAGCCUUCCGAGCCGCUGCUAAAGUUCAUUUUCCAUUGUUUCAGGUGAAAGUGAUGCUGAGAGUGGGCGCCUCAGGCGAGGGCCCGUUCACCAGCGGCACGCAAACCUUCUCGCUGGACAAGCGCAAGAAGCAGGUGACCUUAUGCGAAACCGCUUCAGCAGCCGCCUCGGCUCCAGAAGACCGCAAGGUCGGAGUCGCAGCGCCCAAAAUGUUCGCAUUCGACGCGAUUUUCUCACAGGACGAUCCGCAGACGGAGAUUUGUUCUAGCGCGUUGACUGACGUCAUCCAUGCCGUCAUUAACGGCACCGACGGUUGCCUCUUUUGCUUCGGACACGCAGGACUAGGCAAGUCGUACACAAUGUUGGGGCGACCGGACUCGGCAGCGUCUUUGGGGGCCAUACCCUGCGCCAUCACCUGGCUCUUCAGAGGCAUAGCUGAGCAGAGGCACAAGUGCGGCACCCGCUUCUCCAUCAGGGUGUCCGCGGUGGAGCUCUGCACCAAUACAAACCAGAUACGGGACCUACUUGCGCCCUACCAAAAUGACACUGAACAAUCACCGGGAGUGUACUUACGAGACGAUCCCCUCUUCGGCACGCAUCUACAAAACCAAUCGGAACUGCGGGUGCACAGCGCUGAAAAGGCGGCGUUCUAUCUGGAUGCAGCUUUAGCCACGAAGGGGGCCAAGGAAGAAGGGAGGGACAGCCAUCUGCUGUACACGCUUCAUGUUUACCAAUACAGCGUUGGGGGGAAAGGAGCUGUUGCUGGUGGCCGGAGCCGUUUACACCUCAUCGACUUGGGCAACUCCGAAAGAGGGAAAGCCAACGGAGGCAUACCUUUAUCAGGCCUCGGGAACAUUUUACUGGCCAUAUUUAACGGGCAACGCCACUUACCGUACCGUGAUCACAAUCUAACGCACGUCCUCAAGGAGUGUCUUGGAUCUUUGACAUGCCACACCGCGAUGAUUGUACACGUUUCACCGAAUAUACAAAAUUAUUCCGACACUCUUACAACACUGCAGUUAGCAUCAAGAAUACAUAGACUAAGGCGAAGAAAAAUGAAAUAUUCCUCUAAUAAUAACGCGGGCUCCGGUGGUAGUUCCGGUGAGGACGCUUCAAAACCCAGUAGCAGUGAGCCAGAUCCCUCGAGCAGUGAUUUGUCGGCAGACACCGUUAUCUACGUUGGGCCUAUGGACGAUGCAACUGAUGGAGAACAUCCCCCAGUUUACAUACCACAUAUAAACUCUGGAGAUAUAAGAAGCGUGUUAAGCAAAACCUUACGAGGAUCGGCGCCCGAACAAAAACAUAGAUCAUCUCUAUCGAAAGUUGUAGAGGAGAAGAGCCCAAUACAUAAAUUACAUUCGUCCCCGAAGUCGUCCCCAAUGAAGACAGGAUUACCACCAAGUAUCCAAACGCCAAAAUCAUCCCCCGUGCAUUCAGCAAACACAAAAACCACCCCCAUGAAAAAAACUUGCGUCAAAUCUUUCUCGGAGGAAGGUAAGGUAAGCACGAGCGAUGAACAAUGGAUUGACGGCCCAAGAAUAUCAAAGUCGAGGUUAGUUGAAGCACGACAUAUUAUUCAAGAAACACAAGGUAAGAAACGUGAGACAUGGAUAGACGGGCCAAUGCAAGAGAGCAAAACUCCUCUGCAAUUUGAAUCCGUACCAGUACCUGCUGGUGCAGUACCUCUACAGGUUGGGGUGUUAAGUUCGCAUGGAAACGAAAGUCUUGGGUAUGGGUACAUGGACAAUCAUAAAAAAAAUAUGAUUAGGAAAUGGGUGGAGAAUCAAACUUCUCAAAUACAUAAAUCGAGACAUAGUUCGCCUAGUCACAAAGUUCAACCCGGCCAUAGAGAUCCAGGUCUUAGAAUGCCUGAUGAACCCGAAAUACCGCACAAAAUGGAGUUAAUGAAAGAUACGUCAAGGCGUAUACACGUUGAAGAAUCAACAAUAAGAACCGGCUUGAAGGCAGGUAGCAAAGGUAUGACCAUAGAAGAGGAGAAUAUAGGAUCUUCCUAUACAGAUCACAUGUCAAGAAGAUCAAGUAGUUCUAAGUCUGUAAAUAAAAACGAAAUUGAUGACGAUGAUGACAGUGAGGAAAUGACAGAAAUGCCUCCAGCACUACCAUUAAUUCAACCUAGUAGCUUAAGUAGUAGGGAAGUUUCAGUGGAGAGCUUAGAUUCUAAAUACAAAGAAAGGUUAAGAAUGGAAGAUGAACUAAUUUCUAACCGCAGCAGGGAUAUCAAUACGCAUCGUAUGGGCAAAUGUGAUGAUGAUGACGACAUGUUGGAGAUAAUUGAAGUAGAGGAGCCGCUAGAACCAGUGCCAAUGCAGGACAGUUGUCUACAAGUAACAGAGGAGGAUAUCGCUUUCUGCAUGGGCUUCGCGGAAAAUCCCCUACCAGAAGUGGAUCAAGAAGAUGGAGAUGAUCAUCCACUGAGGAUACUCAGCCAGGAGAAUCUUACAGUAGCUUCAACGUUCACAGACACUCUCUCUUUAUAUAGCGAAGUAGAGAGACAAAUUAGAAACGAAUCAUAUCUAAGACAGUUAGGCUUUUAUGCCGAGAAUUUUUGCGGCGAACAGCCAUUAGUUGAUAUAAAUCCCCAUGAAAGCUUACAAUCCUCUCGAUCUAGAGUUGACGAUAUAUUAGGGUUGACAGAAUUGUACGGCUCGCGUAGAAUGUUAGAUGAAAACAACGAUUGUAACCCUAGAAUUGUUCCACAAUUUCAGUCAUUGUCUUUGUGCAAUGUUCGAGACACGGAAGAUUUUCAUGGGGACGGAUCUGUUUAUAGUGAACCUGCUUAUAGACCUAGUGACAAAAUAUGUAAUAGUUGCAAACGUUCCAUGUCGAGGCCGGGGAGUGCGGUAGACGAAUGUGCAUAUCAAGAUUUAGACGUACCGCACAACGACUAUGGGCCGUUUGAAAGAUAUCGAGGUAACGAUAUCACCGACGCCAGAAUUGCAUCGUUGAGGCACCCUGAUGGGGCAUCCGAUCCAAAUUUGAGGGAGGAGAAACGAGUUCCCGGAAAUGGGGCGCCUUCGAGUACAUUCAGAGAUUUGAAAUCCAAUUUACAUCUCGAAGUCUCACCGCCGGUAGUAACAACGGAGCCGCGGAUAGAGAAAUGCGAGAAAGGCGACAAAGUCGUCGCCAGGGUGGUUGCAAGCUCGAAACCGGACGGUUACGACAGUGGACAUGAAUCAACGCCUAGAACUGGUAAACAUAGCCCAGCUGCCACAUCAAGACGUGCAGAAUCUGGCUAUGAUUCAGUGCCUAGAGACUCCGAUGCUUCUUCCUUAGACUCUUAUCCAACACGACGCGCUGCCGUCGCUAGAGCACACGCUAAGAAACAUACGACGGCAAAAUACAAACAGCACAGCGACCGAUCUUUCUGCUCGUGGCUGAGGAACCCCUUCACUUGUAAAUAUGCCGACACCGAUCCAGAAAUAAGCGACUUC